GAGAGAGAGAGAGAGAGACCAGGGAGACAAUGUUCACAGGUUUCUCAGAGUGCAGGUCUUAUCAAACACAUCUUUACCACUCUCUCUCUCUCUUCACUUCUGACAUUCUAAACUCUUCCUAUAAAACACCUACAACAACUACACUUCUCUCCUCCCAAACCUCAGUAAACAAACACACAAAACACUCUCACUCUUCUCUGUUUUUUAUUUAUAAUUCAUGGAAGAACAAGCAGAACACUGCUCCGACGUGCUCCGGCCACCGGAGAUCCCACGUGACCCAAUGGAGUUCCUCUCUCGUUCAUGGAGUGUCUCUGCUCUUGAGGUCUCUAAAGCUUUAAACUCUCAACUACCUUCUUCAACCAUGUCCAUCCCUGAGGACCCUUGUGCUGAAGUUGAAGAGUUGCAGGUUUCUGGCACUCCUUUCACUUUUGCUUCUUCUGCCACCUCUCAACUUGUUCUUGAACGUAUCAUGUCCCAAUCAGAAGUGUCACCAUUGACAUCAGGGAGGCUCUCACACAGCAGUGGACCACUCAAUGGUGGCCAGAACAGUGGUUCCCUUACCGACAGUCCUCCAGUCUCACCUUCAGACAUGGACGACGUUAAGUUUUGCAGGGGGAGCAUCAACGCCGGGUUGGUGCCGGCGACGAAACCGCCGUACCGCGCCGGCGGAGGGAAGACAGUUGGCCGGUGGCUCAAGGACCGGCGCGAGAAGAAGAAGGAAGAGAUGAGAGCCCAUAAUGCGCAGCUCCACGCCGCCGUCUCGGUCGCCGGUGUGGCUGCCGCCGUGGCAGCCAUCGCUGCGGCGACAGCCGCAGCCACGUCGGCGUCCGGGAAGGACGACCGUGCUGUCCGCACCGACAUGGCAGUGGCGUCGGCGGCGACGCUGGUAGCAGCACAGUGCGUGGAGGCGGCUGAAGCUCUUGGCGCCGAACGCGACCACCUCGCCGCUGUCGUCGGCUCCGCCGUCAGUGUGCGAAGCCCCAGCGAUGUCGUCACCUUGACCGCCGCCGCUGCAACUGCGUUGAGAGGAGCAGCAACGCUGAAGGCAAGGGCGUUGAAGGAGGUGUGGAACGUGGCGGCAGUGAUACCAGUGGAGAAAGGAGGAUUGGGAAUGGCAAACUAUAUUGGAAACAAUCACAACAAUGGUAAUGGUGACCACCAUAAGCAAAAAAAGAAGAGUUUGAGCAAUGAUGAUGGUGAGAGCUUGAGCGGAGAACUCGCCGCUGAUGAGAACUUUCUUACGCUUUGUAGUCAAGAACUCCUGGCCCGGGGAACCGAAUUACUGAAACGAACCCGAAAAGGUUCACUUCAUUGGAAGAUCGUUUCGGUCUACAUUAAUCGAAUGGGGCAGGUUAUGCUUAAAAUGAAGAGCAGGCAUGUUGCUGGAACAAUUACUAAGAAGAAAAAGAAUGUUGUUAUAGAGGUAUGCAAGGAUGUCCCGGCUUGGCCAGGACGGCAUUUACUCGAGGGCGGGGAGCACCGGAGGUAUUUCGGGCUGAGGACAGCCGAACGGAGAGUGAUUGAAUUCGAGUGCAGGAGUCAGAGGGAAUACGAUAUGUGGACACAAGGCGUUUGCCGCCUACUCGAUAUCAUCGGUGAUAAACGGCGUAUCAUUUGAUACUAUUAAGUACAGCUCAGUAUUGACAAUGGUGAGCAAGCUUAGCUGUGCUAGCUGGAGAGUUAGAGGUGGAUGGGAUGAAGACAAUGGUAUGGCCCAGCUGAAAGCUAGCAAGCAAGAGGUUCUCACAAGAAUGUUCAUGGAAUUGAGUGAAUUGUGAAAUUGUGUAUUGAUUCCAAUCUCUUCCCACUGUAAAGAAGAAAGGGAAGGAUGAUCAAAUUUAGAGUGGUGGGGUUCUUUCUUUA